CCGCUUACGCAUGCGUUGAGGUUGCCGGCAUUACAGUCUCGUCUGACGACCGUGAUGACAACAUGCGCUGCUCACUAGUGGCUUUGCUCUGGACGCUGCUCACUGCGACUGCUCCCACACAUGGCCUCUUCCUCGAGAAUGAAGCUUACACAUAUCAGUAUAAGGCUGUUGUCCAGUCUAGCGUCAAUAAGCCAACACACAGUGCCUCAUCUUGGGAUCUGAACUGCGAUCUCGACGUUCAGUCUAAUGGAACUGAAGCAUUGUUACAGUUUCAUGACUGUUCAACAUCACUACAUAAUGGAAAUUUAGGUGACAAUGAUAAGGAAAGAAAUCAUGUAAAAAAUAUACUCUUACCAAACAAUUCUCAUCACCUUGAGAACCAAUUUAUUGUUCAUUAUCAACAAGGCUAUGUACAAUCAAUCAGUAUUUUGAAAGAUGAGCCAUUGUGGUCUAUAAAUAUCAAGAGAAGCCUUGCAAGUAUUCUGCAGAUGGAUAUAUCAAAAUUAAAUCAAGGUGCUGCUAAGACUGUGGAGAAUACAUUAUAUGGGAGGCGUACUGUGGAAUAUAUUAUUACAAAUGAUGGAAAAAAUGUAACUGUUAGGAAAUUUUUUGAUUAUGAAGAUGUAUAUAAAGUGACUGACUUUCCAAUGAAAGUUUGGUCUAAUGUGCCUUUAUUGUCUUGUGCACCAACACCACAGAGUCUAAUUUCAUCCAGUGAACGGGUGUAUUCACUUGCAAAAGUAAAUGCAGAAGUACACAAAUUACUGAAAGUAAAUGCUGUUGGAACCAUUAACUUACAAAUGUUCCCACCAAAUGGGGAGUUGCAGUACAUUUUGGUAAAUCAAUCUAUUCACAUAAAAACUACAACAGAGAAACUGAAAGACUGGAAGCAAGAAGGGACACUGAAAAAUGUUGGAUUAAAAUUUGAAAUAUCAUUUUCUGAUUUAACUCAAGAUCGUAACAAGCUCAAGAAGGAAUAUGUCCUGAAAAAGAUUGACAGUUUAAUGAAGAACUUAGCAGAGAGUCUAGAGACAACUCCAGGAAGCUUACCAUUAGAUAAAUUGCACCAAGACAAUGUGCCUCAACUCUUGUAUCUUCUGUACACUUUAGAUAAAAGUGAUUUGGAAAGCUAUUACAGUGAGCUGGCAAUUGGUACAAGCUAUCAACAGGAAACAAAGAGGAACUUCUUUCUGGAAUUGUUACCUAAGGUUGGCACUGAGGCCUCUGUACUUUUUAUCAGAGAUCUCAUAUUGAAUUGUAAGGUGAAAGAAGACUCUGCUGUGAAACUUCUCACAAAUUUCCCAUUUUAUAUACGUGAACCCUCAGAACAUCUACUACAAGAGUGUGAGGUUUUAUUGUCACUUGGGGAUGAUAAAUCUGCAAGGAUUAAGCAAACUGCAGUUCUUUCAUUUUCUAAUCUGAUUUACAAAAUAUGUCCACUGAAAUGCAGUGCAGCAAAAUUUGACCUUUAUGUAAGACAAUUUGUGGACCUGUUUACCAGAAGUACUACAUAUGAUGAACAAAUGCUAUACUUAGAAGUUCUCAAUAACAUUGAGGAUGGCAACACAUUCUACCACAUACUGCCAAUUAUUAAAGGCAAUGUCACACAACUCUCAGCUGAGCCACAUCACAUAAGAUUCUUGGGAGUCUGGGCAACAAUGAACAAAGCUCCAUAUCAUCCAGAAAUGGUUUAUGAGCUUUAUUGGCCAAUACUUGCAAAUCAUUCAGAGCACUUAGAGAUGAGAGUUGCAGCUCUCACCAUGUUAAUUAUCUCACAGCCUACAACAGGACGUUUCUUGAGCCUCUACUGGUACAUGCAGUCAGAAAAAAACACACAGUUGAAACAUUUCUUUUACACAACAAUAACAUCUCUGGCUGAUUCCCAGUAUCCUUGCUAUUCAUAUCUGAAACCUUUGGCAUCACUGCUGUUGCAGUAUAUCACAUCCCCAAACAAUCAUAAAUGGAACACAGGAAAUUAUAUUAUGGAUUAUUCAGAGUCUGAGCAGUUGUUUGGUGGUCUUGCACACCUUUUCUUAGUUGGCAGUGAGCAGGCACAUGGUCCAAAUGUUUUCUACCUCCGGCUAAGUAAUUACAUCUUGGGCAGAGUGGUCAGCAACACAGCGAUAUACUUAAAGAUUGAAGGUGUUGAAGAAAGUCUGAAACAGCAACUUAUUAAGACGAGUACAAAUAUGUUGUCAAUUCCAAGAAUUUAUGAGCUCUUAAAGGAAUUAAAACCAUCUCCUGUGCUCAAGCAAAGACAAGCUGUUCACAUAGAAAUAAUUGCAAAAGUCCAUGGUCGUGUGAUAUUCUGUACAUAUAUCAAUGAUACAACAUACCACCAACAGUUGGAAGCCUUCAACACUCUACAGAUUUUGCACCAGGAGUUUCAUAUUAACCACCAGAGUGUUGAUGCACCACUUUCCUACCAAGCAGCACUACCUACGGAUAUUGGCACACCAGCACUAUUUAAUGUUGAUUCAGCAGCACUACUCUCUUUUAGAGGAAAUUUCACAAAAAAGUGGGGGUUGCAACUUGCCCGUACAAAUCAGUUUGAUUUAUGGUACUCAGCUACAAUAGGAGCCAGCCUGACAACAUUUAAUCCAAUCAAUAGUUUGUGGCACACAACUCGAAGAUCUUUUACAUAUCAGUUACACUUACCUGUACACCACUGGUUUGGCUUGUCAAUAAAGCCACUGAAAUUCAAUUUAGGAUCAAUCCAACGAGCUGGUACCACAGUCAGCAUUGUGGCACAUUUGAGGCGAACAACAAUUGUUACUGGGGAAAAUAAUGAGCAGCUAUUAAGGGAAUCAUGCCCUUCUUGUGACACAAUUAAAGAUAUAUCUAAAAUCCAUAAUGAUUCUAUCCAGGAUUUACCUCUAGUUAUUCCCUGUGAAAUCAUGGGAUCCAAGUUCCUGCUGUCACUUCAUCACUGUGAAAAUAAGAACACCCCAAAUACAUGGAUGUUUGUCAGAGCCUUUCAGAACAUUAAGAAAAAUUACCAGGUCUUUCCAUUGACUGAGACACUUAUAGAGACCUUACAUUAUAUAGGUAAUACAUUUUUGCUAUCAGAAACUGACAGUUGUGGGAUAAAAGCAGAACUAGUCUCGCUUUUUAAUGAAACUAUAAAGCUUGAACUGUUUGGCCAAGGACACAUCAACAAUCCAGUGACUAUGUUAGAAACACAUUACUUCCGAGUAGGAAGUAAUAGCAAUCUCACCUUUGGAACUGCAAUCAAAUUUUCUUUUAGCACUGGAGAAAACCAUGGUACAGACAAAAUUGAAAUUAGAAGUCAAGUGAUGGACAUGGUAAACAACAGAAGAGAUGAAAAGGUUUGUAUUGAUGGUGAAAUUCUAGCUCCAGCUGUAAACGCACAUCAGCUUCUACUAACUAGCCCAUCAGAAAACAUCACUGGUCACUUCAAAGUGAUUUUUGGAACCCAUGGUAGCAUGGGAUGUUCAGAUCAUGAUUUAACUUUAAAAUUAAAUUUAAGUAGCGAGUUUCUUGUGGCAAGAAAUGCUGAUGCUUGGCCCCAUUCACAAUGUGCUAUUGAGAAACAAGAGCUGAAACUGGAAUGGGGAAAUCAAACACCUCUCACAGAAGCCUGCUACAGAUCAUCAGUUUCAAUGGGCAUACUUCGUAGAUACACAGCCUCCUUUGAACUUGAAAAUGUCAGCUCACAGACAGUUGCUGCUGAACAGGAUAAUCAUUCUUCACUUCAAUGGAUAAAAUCAUUCCUAUUAAAAAAAUUGGAUUCCACCAUAAAAAUAGUAAUCGAAGUACCAGAAGGUCCUGAUUCAGAUGUUACAUUGUAUAUCAAUGAUGAUGAUUUUCUUAUACCCCAUCUGAAGCCACAUAUUGAGCCAUGGCUUAUAAAUACACACUUCCCACUGCAUGUGCAGCUGGGCCUGAAGUUGGGAUGGAUUGGUUCCUGUGUCAUUACUUCUGACCUCAUCAAUACAAUGGACAAUGCUACAAACACCAUCCUGCUGACAGAAAAUUACACUUUGGUUGCAGCGCAUUGUUACGUAGCCCCAAGAUUUGCUAUAUUAAUAAAGAAAUUGCCUGAAACUAAAACUCUGGCUGCAAGAAUUUAUGCUUGGGAGUACUGCACAGAAAUUAUACCUACAACAGAAGGAAACUAUGAAAUAACUGUCAAUGGGGAGGCAGUUCCUGCAAAAAGUGGACAAUAUUAUUAUCCUGAUGACUUGGAGCUACAUGAUUUGAAGCUCACCCUCCAUGAGAAUGGCCUUAUAGAAAUAAGAUCAAAAACCACACAGCUGUGGGUGCAGUAUAAUGGUCAUUUUAUGGCAGUCAACAUUCCAGCAUUAUAUAGUUUCCAGACAUGUGGUCUUUGUGGAGACUUUAAUGGAGAUUCAAGUAAUGAUAAUGGUGAAGUAUUAUCACUACACUGAGAAUAUGAUAAACAGUUAAAAUAUUUCUCCAGUUGUACAGGCAGCAAAUGCUAACAUGCAAUACUGUCAAAUUAUGUACUUUAUGUGUUUC